AUGCCUUAUUACGAAGUUCUUUUUUAUGUAGAAUUCAUAGGAAGAAAUGCUUUAGCGCUUUUAAUGUUACUAGUCUUAUUUAAGAGAUUUAGCAUGAUGUAGCAAAUGGGUAAAUCUAGUAUUGAGGUUAGAAAUAUAACACCAGCCUCUUACAUGAUAAGAUUUUUUCUGCUUUUAAGUCAUUGCAUUUUAACGCUUUUAGAAAUAUUGCUUUAUUAUUCAACGGAUGAGCUUGAUGAUCAUCCAUUCAAUUUUUAUAAAUUUAGCUGGACUCAAGCAUUUUAAAUAUCAAUUUACACUUUUCAAAUUUUUGUAAUGAGAAAGGAGUAUCGAAGAUAAGUUUCUUAUAUGAAAAUGCACUAAAUCUAUUGGAUUUUAGACUUAUUAUUAUAUAUUCUUCUAUUCAUUGCAGUAAUAGAGAAGAUGUCACAUGAAAAGCUAACUCUCCCAAUCUCUAUUCUUGUAGUCAAAGUGCUUUUAGUAAUAUUCUCCUUUUUUGGUAAUCAAAAUAGCAUGAUGCUACUCGAAAAAUCGUUUUUAACUUAGGCAACUAAAUAUCUUGUUGACUUACCCUCAACAACAGCUCGCAGUGGGAUGAAAAUUAUCUCAACUUUAAACACACAGUAGGAUAAAUCAGCUCAUAGCCCAAAAAAAUCAAUAAAAAGUUCUUUUUCUAUUCAGAAGGAAUAGGAUAACCGUAUUAAAGUAAGAGUGAAAUACUAAUUUGAAAUAAACAAAAAAGGAGAAGUGGAAUAUAUUGUAGAAUGCCAUGACUACUUGAAACAGGGAAACAAAGUUGUCAUUAAAAAAAAUAUGCAAGAAUUUCUGCAGCUGUAAAGGGAUAUAAAUUCAAUAAAAAACCCUUUGAAUUUAACUAAUUUUUCCUACGUAUCUUCAUAAAUCUAAAAUGAAACCCACAAAAAGAACUAAUAAAAUAUACUAGAAAAAGAAUUAGUGGCAAGAAUCGAAGAUAACUUGCCAACAAUUAUUUGUACAGAUAGAUAAAUGCUUGAAGAUAAUAACUAAAACAAUUUAGAUGAACUAAAGAUAGAAGAAAACGCUUUUAAGCAAAUUCUUUCACUACAAAAAUAUUUAGAUUACGUCACAAAAGAAUUUUAUUUCGAAGAAGCCUUUUUAGUUAAAUUUUUAGGCUUAACUCGCAAGUAAUACUAUAUUGAAGUCAGCUAACUUUAAGCUUAAGAUUGCUUUUACCAAAAUGAAAACGAAUUCAUCCAAUUCAAAUAAGAUUAUCCAAAGCUUAAAAAUACUUUAUCCUUAAGUCUGAUUACUAAAGUGACUCUCGAAACUUUAGGAAACAUUAAGAAUGACGGUGUAACUUAUUAUCAGCUAGUACUAAGGAAGUAAAAGUUAAAUUCUGGUUUGUGUUUGCCUAGUUACAGUCAACCCUUAAGAUACACAGAUUUCUGCAAUUUCUAUAAAGCUUUAUAAAAAGAAAUUUUCCCUAUAAGACUGCCUGAAUUCCCUCCUAAAUCUUUACUUAAUGACAAAGAAACUAUGUAUUAAAGGAAGCAUUAAUUGCUAAAGUUUUUUAGUAUUAUUUAUAAUGAAAAUAUUUAUUUCUGUAAAACUCUAUUUAGCUUUUAAAACUGCUUUUCGGAUUACAUGGUGCAGCAAGCUUAAUAAAUAAAUAACGAUCUAUUUUAGUAUAGAGUUUAGCUUUUAGGAAAGUAUUUGAAUUCGUCGAAGUAAUUCCUGUUCAGAUUAUAUCCUAAGCGCAAAUAAGCACAAACAUUUUAUAUAGUAAAAAGAUUCAAAGACAUAAUCAACUUGCACAAAGAUUUAGAACUCUAUUACACUAAUUUACUAUAAUAUUUAGUAUAAUAGGCAUACUAGGAGUUUAAAGAAAAAUAGUUGAAUGUAGAGAUAGACCCUUAGAAUAAUCCUCAGCUUUUAGAAGAAAAAAAUAUAUUAAAAGAGAUUAAAAAAACAAUAAAAAUACCUAACAAACCAAAAAAUAUAAACGAUUGUGCUUAAUAUUUGUAAGAAAUAUUAGAUUGCAACAUCUACCACAAAUGUAUAAGUUUUAGACAGUUUUUAUUCAGAUUUGAAUAUUUAGAAGAAAUGCUGAAUGAAAACGCUAAUUCGUCGGUAUGCUUUUCAAAUAGGGGACAGUCGUAUGAAGAUGAAAAAAAUUUAUGA